UAAGAGGUUGCUAACAGGUUAGCUGAAGUUAGGUGAUCUGUCCGUCUCAAGUUUUACAGGAAAGUGAAAAACUAAAUUAUUUCAAAAACUUUCAUUAUUUUUAAAGGAACAUAUAUAAAGUUUAAAUAUACGCCAUAUGGUGCCUGUUUUUCAGAAUGAGGCCAAUAUUAGUUAGCAAACUUCUGACUAUUUUAACCAGCUACCGUUAGCAGCCAGCCUCAGAUGCUACGUUGCUAGUGUUUAACUUUAUCUGUAAACUAUUUAUGUGUAUUUAGGUGGAUAUAUAAAUAUGUAACAAAGCGGAGCUUGAUAAAAAAAAAAAGAUGUCUGCGAAAACCGAACGGGCUUCGAUUGGAGAUGCAAAUAUUGGUAGUAUCAGCUGAAAAGUCACAUGCAUUCCUCCGUGUUUACCUCUGGACAAUAAACAGGUUUAACUAAGUCCGACUCAUAAGAAGAACUAGAUUAUACAAAAAUGUCUUGAUGCUUUUUUAGCUUAAGAGGAACGUAUAAAGUAUAUUUGGUGUAUUUAUUGAGCGUUUCAUCUCGAGUCGCCAUGGCAAGUGCUUUAGCAGCAAAAAUGGGAUUUAACUCUUUGAUCAGAAAACAAGCCAAAUACUUCAAAGUAAAGAUCUGCACGAUGGAAUCAGACUUGGAGUUCAAGUGCGAGCUGAAGUGGAAAGGAAAAGACCUCUUUGACUUGGUGUGCCGGACUUUGGGACUGAGGGAGACCUGGUUUUUUGGGCUCAGAUACAACGUAAAGGACACAGUGGCUUGGCUGAAGAUGGAAAAAAAGGUUUUAGACCAGGAAGUGCCAAAAGAGGAGCCCAUCACUUUCCACUUCCUGGCUAAGUUUUACCCUGAAAAUGCUGAGGAGGAGCUAGUGCAAGACAUCACUCAGCAUCUCUUCUUCCUACAGGUGAAGAAGAAGAUCCUUGAAGAAGAAAUCCACUGUCCUCCAGAGGCCUCCGUGCUUUUGGCUUCUUAUGCCGUCCAUGCCAAGUAUGGAGAUUAUGACCCCGAGGUUCAUAAACCAGGCUUCCUGGCUCAGGAGGAACUGCUGCCAAAGAGAGUUAUUAACCUGUACCAGAUGACUGCAGAAAUGUGGGAGGAGAGGAUCACUGCAUGCUAUGCUGAGCACAGAGGCAGAACAAAGGAUGAAGCUGAGAUGGAGUAUUUGAAAAUAGCCCAGGACUUGGACAUGUAUGGCGUCAAUUAUUUUCUAAUCAGGAAUAAAAAGGGAACAGAUCUUCUGCUGGGAGUGGAUGCCCUUGGUCUGCAUAUCUUCGAGCCAGAAAACAAGCUGACACCCAAGUGUUCCUUUCCAUGGAAUGAGAUCCGCAACAUAUCCUACAGCGACAAGGAGUUUACCAUCAAACCUCUGGACAAGAAAACCAACGUCUUCAAGUUUAACUCUUCCCGACUAAGAGUCAACAAGCUGAUCCUGCAGCUGUGCAUAGGGAACCAUGACCUGUUUAUGCGCCGACGGCGAGUGGACUCUCUUGAAGUCCAGCAGAUGAAGGCCCAGGCUAGAGAAGAGAGGGCCAGAAAGCAGGUAGAGCGACAGCGUUUGCAGAGGGAGAAGCAGCUGCGAGAAGAGGCAGAGAGAGUCAGGGACGAGCUGGAGAGGAGGCUCAUUCAGCUGCAGGACGAGGCUCACAUGGCCAAUGAAGCACUUCUGCGCUCAGAACAGACGGCAGACCUGCUGGCUGAAAAGGCCCAGAUCGCUGAGGAGGAGGCCAAGCUGUUGGCCCAGAAAGCUGCCGAGGCUGAGACAGAGAUGCAGCGCAUCAAAGUGACCGCCAUGCGUGGCCAGGAGGAGCGGCGCAUUAUGGAACAGAAGAUGCUGGAGGCUGAGAUGCGAGCGCUCAAGAUGGCUGAGGAGUCAGAAAGGAGAGCAAAAGAGGCGGAUCAGCUGAAGCAGGACCUGCAGGAAGCAAGGGAUUCAGAGCGCAGGGCAAAGAACAAGCUGCUGGAGAUUACCAGCAAGGCUAUCUACACGUCACCUGGACUUCCAUCUGACAGCGUCCCUCAAGACCUGAACUUCAGCAGAGAAAACCUCAGUUUUGAUUUCAAAGACACCGACAUGAAACGUUUGUCCAUGGAGAUUGAAAAGGAGAAAGUUGAGUAUAUGGAGAAAAGCAAACACUUGCAAGAGCAGCUGAAUGAGUUGAAGACAGAAAUUGAGAGUCUAAAGCUGAAAGAGAGAGAGACUCCUCUGGACAUCAUCCACAACCAGAACACAGAGCAGGGAACCAGCAAGCACAGCAACUUUAAAAAGCUCACACUACAAAGCACCAAGUCAAGGGUGGCCUUUUUUGAAGAACUUUAAACUCUGUAACAAGGAGGACCUUCUCUGUUCUACAUUCCUGACUGGACUACAAACCUCUUACUGUCUGAAAGAAAACAGCCAGCGAGCAGAUUCCCACUGCGUUAAACUCAUCAAGUUUAAUGGGAAAAUAUCUAAAGAAGAAGUAAACUGACUUUGAUGGACUUUUAUAGAGGAGUUUUUGAAACAUUUUCUUUGGAAUUACUUUAAGUCAAAUAAUAGUUUGUCUCAGCUAAAGGAGAAGCCAUAUUGCUCCUUUUCCACUGUGAGUCUAAUGAGAUUGUAUUUUGGAGUUUGGAAUCGUUCAUGUAUAAUGUCCAGUUGAAGUGACCUACAUUAUGAAUGAUGAGCUAUUUAGUACAGCAGGGGAAAUAAACCACUAACUUCAUCUAAACCAACAGCUUUAUAUCCAGAUCUACUAAUCCAUGUGGAGCGUUCUCACCGCGCCUCUGCUCUAACACUACAGAGUGGAAAUAUUAUGUCCUGUUAGAAUUUGUCUUCAUUUAAAGUGAAUAUUUCAGCCUUAAAGCUACAGUGUGUAAUUUUUAGCGACAUCUAACGUUCAGACUGCAGACCGCAGCAACAUGAACAUCUCCCCCCCACCGCUUCCCCCCCCCCAACAGUACGGCGAGCGUUACGGGACAAAAUG